AUGCAUGUGAAUGCUCAUGAAACUAUUCUUGUUGGAGCCGCCAUGUUCUUCCGGCUCUACCUGAUGUCGCCUCCGUCGCCGCACUGCGCCAGUAAUGCUCGAUGUCGAACGGAUCGCGGCCAACGACGCAGCAAAGGCGCGGGGGAGCGGCAAGGCAACGUCGGCGAGCGAAGUGUGCAGCGUGACAUUGUGUUUAGCGAGGUUCCUUUCCCACUCCCGAACCAAGCUGAGUGUCUUCGCCACGCGUUCACUGUUGUCUCGCGCAUCCACCACCACCCAUUCCUCGAUCUCCCGCGCAAGCGACAUGAUGGACGGUCCAACCUCGAUGGUGUUUGCCCGUAUAUCCAAGCGAAUCAUCGUUUCCUCAUUUUCCGUCACACCACCGCCGAAUUUCGACCCCACCAGUGCGGUGAUACUAGGAAACGGGAUGGUAAGCAACGAUGCCAUCAGGCCACCUGUAGCUGCAGCGCCUCCAACAGAAGCCGUAGUAGUAUCUCUUUCAGAAGGGUGAAGAGACAACUUCACACGGCGUCGCAUCGAACGCGACAAGAUGCUUGUUGGGCCGUCUGUCAUCACCGUGGUGGUAGCCGCCCCUGUCACAUCCUUCUGAAGGGCAAAGACCCGCACUUCGCCAUGCUCAAGACGUGCUGUCAGGUCGACAUGGUACAGCGUGGGGCCCUUCUUCGACUUCGACCCCCCGCAUGGAUUGAUCGGGUCAAUGUGGUGCCGCUGUUGUCUUUCUCCCCCUGUUUUUGUCGGCUGUGGUGUUACUGUCGCAGUGGAAGCAGCACCAGCAUGUACCCCUUGCGCGGCCACAGCGGCACAAGCGGCAGCACACGCUCGCCGACGUUUCGAAUAGUGUAG